AUGCCAACUUCGUUAUAUGAUUCAGCAUUUGAGUCUGUUCGUUCCAUGUGGAUAAGGAGUGUUAUGUUUGUAACGCAACCUGUAUUCCAACGAUUACUCCCUGAUCCCUAUACAGAGGCAGGAAAUGUUCGUGUAGAUAGGAAGCCAGCGCACGUUAGCCGUGUUACUAUGACUGAGAUCGUUUCUCCUGCACAAUGCAACAUGAUGGGAUACGCUUACGCUGGUACAAUUCUCAGUUGGAUCGAUAUUGCUGCAGGAAUAGCAGCAAAAAGACAUGCUGUAUCUCCAUCGGUAACUAGAUCUGUUGACGAUGUCGCAUUUCUGCAUCCUGUCAAAGUUGGUGAUAUAGUAACAAUUCAAGCGUCUGUCAACAAAUCAUGGAAAACAUCAAUGGAGGUUGGUGUCAAGGUGGAAGCCGAAUCACCACUGUCGCAUGAACGAUUUUUUGUUGCACAUUGCUAUCUGAGCUUUGUAGCACUCUCGCCACGCCCAGAGGCAAAAACACAUUUGGGCCGAAUUCUUUCUGGAUUCCAAACAAUUGCCGUACCUGAACUAUUACCAACAUCCCCAAUGGAGAUUAAGCGAUUCGAGAUGGCAGAAACUAGACGGCAAGCUAGAUUCAGACAGAAAAAGCCAGACCACAGCCAAAUCCGAGAGUUGAUGCGAGAAUGGUCCCAAGGACUACGAGAGAAGGCUGAUGCAGACGCUCCAAUUAAACGACAUCCAGGAUAUUUUGCUUCUUCAGAGCAACCAUCGCCAGUGUCUGAAGGAAUAUCUGACGCGGAGGAAGAAAAUAUCAUAUUGAAAGCGAGAAAACGAGGAAGAAGAUUCUCGCAGGAUCCAAGGAUGUUGCAGCAAGUUAAGGAACGGCCUAUGGAUUAUACAUUUGCAGAAGUUGUUGAAUUGGUGAUGCCUCAGCAUGCAAAUACCUUAAAAAUUACCUUUGGAGGGCAAAUCAUGGCUUGGAUGGAAAUCUGUGCCAUAGCAAGCGCCAAUAGAUUGGCCAAAGCUUAUUUAUUGACAGCCAGCAUCGAUAGUCUCAAUUUUAUAGCAAGUUCUGGCGUGGGUGAUGUGGUUACUGUGCGAUCUCUAGUUUCACGGUCGUUCCAUUCGUCAAUGGAGGUAUAUGUCAGUGUAGAAGCAGAAAACGUAUUGACAGGAGAGACCAAAUUCACAAACGACGGAUUCUUUACUGUGACAGCAGUGGACAGCGAAAACGUGCCUGUCAUCAUACCCAAAGUGAUUCCUCAAACAGAAACCGGCAUGGAUUUGUAUGAAGGUGCAUUAGAAAGACGGCAAAAACGUUUGAAUCAAAGAGUUGAGCUGGUCAAUUUAGUCAACGCCUCACAGAACUGCGUUCCUGUCAUUCAUUUGGAUGCAGAUGAAUAG